AUGAACGACACCGAGCGCAACCUCACGGUCCCACCUAUCAGAUCAUUCACGACACGAGCCGCGCAACGUCACCCUAGCACCAGAACACUCAGAUUCUCGGACCAUGACGGUGCGGACGAAGAGAGCCCUAAAGCUGACAAUGCCGCAACUCACACGAUCACUGAGUCAAUUGCCAAACUCGAAGACCUAGUCAAACAAAUCACAGAGCUCGCACAGGAUCCCAAACCCAUCAAAACGAGAAGACGGCCGUCAGAAAGCAUUGCUGCCAGAGGAUGGCAGUACCUGAAAGACCAGGGAUGGUCUGCCGAAGACCAGCAGUCUGACGACACACAAAUGGCUCGGAAAGUGAUGUUCGAUAUUGGUCGAAAUGCAACACGGCGGGACGAUGGGCAUGAUCACUCACCGUCAAAGGCAGCAGCGACCUUGCCAGAGAUAUCUCUCGUAACUGCGACAGAAGAGAAGCCCUCGCCGAGAGCCAACGGACACCCGGAUGCCAAAGCACAUGUCCAGAAGGCGUGGCUGAAGAACGACCCAAUUCCACCUCCAAGACGAACGGCGCCGUCUACGGCUGCCGACCCAGGUCCAUCAGAGGAAACUGGUCGUCUCGAUCCCAGUCCAUUGGAAGAGCCGAAGCCUGACACUCAUUUUCCUUUCACUCAGAUGUUCGGCGUCCGACAAAACAGCACCAGCUUCCAUUACCGCCGCUCCGAGACAUCUGAUAGUCACACGGUCAAUUUGAAGAAGGUCAACCACGUGGAUCUCUGGAACAAACCGGAAUCUUUUGACGUACAUUCAUCUUGUGCGCAUGCCUCGGUGGCGCGAGAUUGGCCAGUCGGCCGAAAGCGACUCGCGGCGACAGUGGCAUGUCUCAACAGUGCUUGCAUCGGACUGAUAAUCGGUAUUUACGCUGGUGAAGUACCUGCGAUCCAGUACGUGAUUGCUGACUUCAAUCACUAUGCCAUCCUUGGGAAUGUCUUUCUCUACAGCGGUCUAGCAGUCUCGACAUUGCUGCUGUGGCCACUGCCUCUCCUUCACGGUCGUAAGAUUUACACAGUAGCAGGUCUGGCACUUGCAUUUGGCUUGCAGAUCCCACAGGGUAUCGUUGUAUUGCAAGCGCUAUCCGGUCUCGUCCUGGGUCUGGUCAGCAUCAACACGUUUGCAACAUUACUUGACCUGUUCGGAGCAUCCCUCAUGAGCAAUAAUCCACAUGGUGAGGAGAUCGAUCCGUGCGACGUCCGACGCCAUGGCGGAGGCAUGGGCCUCUGGCUCGCUGCAUGGUCCUGGUGUAAGAUCGGCACGAUCGGCAUUGGCUUUGUUAUCGGCGCGUUCAUCAUUGAUCAUGCUACCGUGGACUGGGGCUUCUGGACCUCCUUGUUCCUACUUAUGCUUGUCCUCAUGGUCAAUCUCAUUGCACCAGAAGUGCGCCGAUCCGCAUUUCGAAGAACAAUCGCUGAGUUCAUCGGUAUCGAUGGACCUUUCAGUCGUGUGACACGUGGAGAGGUCAAGAUGCACUUGGAUGAAACUGGUCCAUACUGGUGGAGCGAGGAAGUGCAAGCUGGGGUUCGUAUGUGCUGGAGGAUGGUCAAACAGCCGGGAUUCCUCUUCCUGGCAGUCUAUACGGCUUGGGUCUUUGCCCAAUUCAACUUGGUGCUUGCGCUAUGCACUCUCGCUCGUGGACCGCCUUUUCCUGUGGCUAUACCCUGUGUGAUGGCAGCUGUCGUUGGCUACUUCUCAAAUCUCGCCAUCGCAGAAUGCUUCGGACUGCUCAUGGAGACUUUUGACGUUUCCGACUUGCAACCUGGGAUGACCGGCCACCCGCCUCAUGGCCUUGAGGCUGCUAAGACUGCUCGAAUGAGGACGAACUUUACCAGCUAUCCUCGAGUCUGCGCCGGCGUAUCUGUGGUGCAAGGCUUGAGCUUCGCGCUCGCAUCUGCUGCUACAGGACUCGCCGGCCGUAUGGAACGCAGAAUUGGAGCCAUGUACGCUGCUGGAGUGGUGGCUGGUAUCCUGCUGGUCCUUACGCUGAAGCUGACUCUCGUCCUGAUCCGCUGGAAGACUGUCCAGAUGAUACCCAGCCAGAAGGUCCGGCAGGGCAGAAAGGACUCAGCGUGGGAGCCUGUCGUCUUGGGUCAUCCGAGUGGCUUGACUCGAAAGAUUUCAAUACUGGAAGCGGGUCGGUACACACGUUGGGAAGAGAUCAGGAGGCGCAAUAGAUUGGAACAUCGACUCACGGCGGCCUGA